AUGCCGCCAUCGCCACGUGCACCACCUUCACCCUCGACCCGUGCAUGCAAGCAAAUCUGUACACGUUACCUAUCCCCCGCCCAGCCCCCCCACGGACGUCCGAGAAAAGCCUAUGUAGAUGCCUCGGAGGAAAAGCGUCGCCGGAGACACGACACCGACGCGACGCGUCUCGUAAGCACCGAAGAAGAAUCUACUCGCGCAGGGCACGCUACCUGUGUAUACGAAGGCAUGUGCACGAUUGAUCUACAGAUCAGCCCUAUGAGAUGUACAGGGGCUGCCGAUGAGAGCACGCCCAUCAGGGGUGGGAUGCAGGGUGAAAGUGCAGUUCUGGAUGAUACCCCAGUCUUUGACUCUGCAACGGUGAUUAAUAUGAGUGUUAUAUCUUGA